ACCAACUGCAAGAAACAUGGCGUUGCGCGAGCUAUCGUCACUCGAGAAAUAUUUAGGACUGAAAAAGCCCAACAAGUACAGUAGCCGAGGAGACAAAAAGUGCCCUGUGCUACAGAAUAACAAUGGUCCUCCCCUGGUGGGCCUGGUUACCAUCGCCCGGCACCUGGUGAAAGAGGCCAAGUGUCCUGAGAUGCUGGGUGAAACCGCAGAGGACAGAGCAGUGGUGCAUCAGUGGCUCGAAUACAGAGUGAGCAAGCUGGACGGCUGUAGCAAGGACGACAGCAGAGCUAUACUGAAGGCACACGCGACAGCAAUGCAGACUGAUGUAUGGCCUUUCAGUGACAUGGCCCCUCAUGACAGAGAAAAAUGCCUUAAUGUGCCCAACGCCAGUCAGCGUGAAAUGGAUCGCCAGCCACGGGUCUGCUGGACACUCAGCGCCUCUUGGCACUGUCCUGUCAGCAUGAAGCGCGACCUGAACCUCUACUUGCAAGACAAAGUUUGCAUGGCCGGCGACCACUUCACCUUAGCAGAUGUGCUAAUGUACAAUGGAAUUCACCCACUAAUAGUGGACUUGACUUUCCAGGAGAAGGAGCAGUACAUGAAUGUGACGCGAUGGUUCGACCACAUCCAGCAUCGCGCUGGCAUCCGACACCACCUCCCCCGAGUAGUUGUACUCAGGAACAAAAUUUACACAUGUAAACACCACUGAGGCCCUUAGAUGCACCAAAAGUCUUAUUUCCUCCUCCAAAAUGAUGUGGAAUGACCGCAGGCCCCAUCAAUGUCAGGAUUCCUGGUUUAGAUCUUUCUUGCCACAAUAGACCUUUUUUUUUUUUUUUAAACCAACAUUAUGACCGACAUGACAGUUGUUGAAGAACAGGUACUUAAGCUAUCACAUGAUUGCUUCCAAAUAAUAAACUAGGUCACCUCCCACUUGUCUCUUAGUAUCGGUUGCAUCAUUGACUGUUGGCAUCCUGACACCCCUUUUUACACUAUAAGAUGGGUGAAUCUGCAGACAUAAACAGUGCAGCAGUAUAAUUGGUGUUGUUUGUUUGUUGGAGAUUGUAUGUGUUUUUGUAAAGGUAAACUUCUGACUUAAUAAAAAAAGGUGUUCUCAUC